AUGAAUCCUUCUUCCACGGGAAACGAUAAAAAACGGCUGAUCAAAGAAAAUACGGACUCAAGGAAGAAUUGGAAGCCAAUUUUGGAGGCAAGUGACCGUUUUGAGAUCAAAAAGAAAGUGAAAGGCCAAGACAUGAGGAAUGGCGAUGAUGUGAUUGAAUCCGAGAAUGGAGAUCUUACCGACUCUAAACUCGGCAUUUCCGUCCAAAAAGAGGAAAUCUCUUUCCCGGAU